AUGGUUGGCGUUUACGAUAUCUGUGCACGCGUCCAAAACGGCUUCCGCGCACGACUCGGCCGUAUCGCCAUUCCCGAGACAAAGCUGAAUUUGUCGGUCUCGCGGGUUCUGUACAGCCAAGGAUUUGUCUCGUCCGUCACUCGCGGCACUCACCUGGGCCCCGACGACACCUAUACGCCAACAACCAACCUCAACGUUGCUGAGCGUCGCUUGUGGCUAUCGCUUAAGUACUACCAGGAUCAGCCGGUGCUGCGCGCCAUGAAAUGCAUAACCAAGCCCUCGCGGAAGGUCAACUGCAAUGCCAACCAGCUGCAGAUCCUGGCUUCGGGACAGCCAUGGGGGAUUAUCAAGGGUAUUAUCCCCGGGGAGAUCAUGGUUGUGUCAACCACCAAGGGCAUUUUGGAGAUCCAGGAGGCUGUCAAGAUUGGCCUCGGAGGCACUCUGCUAGCCCGGGCGAACUAG